CCAAAUUAUCUGGGCAGCAGAUAGCCGCAAAGGCCGCCAAAUAGAUAGCCGUCACACUAGUUAAGGAAGUUGGCCGCUCCCCCGAUCACUCGCGGAUCGUGAGUUUUUGUGUGCGUCGGAGCUCAGAUAUUUUUGGUCGACAUCCUCUGCCUCUCCGAGUCUCCAUGGAGGACCAGAGCCCCAAGCCCAUCCGCUGCAAAGCGGCGGUGUGUAGAGCCGCCGGCAAGCCGCUCACCAUCGAGGAGAUCGUCGUGGAUCCACCCAAGGCGUACGAAAUCCGCAUCAAGAUCACCUGCACCUCACUCUGCCACACUGACAUCACCUUCUGGCGUGCCAAGAUAGCAACAGUAUUUCCAAGGAUCUUAGACCACGAGGCCUACGGGGUGGUAGAGAGCGUGGGGGAGCACGUGGAGGGCUUCGCCAAGGGCGACGCGGUGGUGCCGACGUUCCUGGGCCAGUGCGACCAGUGCUCGACCUGCGCGUCAGAGCAGAACAACUUGUGCACCGCCGUCCCGUUCGUCAUCGGCCCCGGGAUGCGGCGCGACGGCACCACCCGGUUCAGGGACGCCCAGGGCGUCCCGCUGCACGACCUCCUCGCCGUGUCCAGCUUCAGCGAGUACACCGUCGUGGACAUGAACCAGGUCGUCAGGCUCGACCCCGCCGUGCCGCCCAAACUCGCCUGCCUCCUCAGCUGCGGCGCCGGCACCGGGGUAGGAGCUGCAUGGAGGAUGGCCAAGGUGGAACCUGGUUCGUCGGUGGCUAUCUUUGGACUGGGAUCGGUCGGAUUGGCGGUAGCACAAGGUGCAAAAAUGUGCGGAGCAUCGAAGAUAAUUGGUGUUGACUUGAACUCUGACAAAGAGGAAGUUGGGAAAUCGUUCGGUGUGACAGAUUUCAUCAAUCCAUCGCAACUGGAUAAGAGUUCCGUCAUCGAGGUGAUCGGUGAGAUGACGGGCGGCGGCGUCGACUACAGCUUCGAGUGCAUCGGCGUGUCGUCGGUGAUGACCGAUGCAUUCAGAAGCACCAAGACGGAUGCAGGGAAAUGGCAAGACGAUCGUCCUGGGACUGGAGAAGUACUGCGAGCCGGUUUGCCUGCCGUCCUUGGAGCUCCUGUUCGGCAGGUGCGUCAUGGGGUCGCUCUUCGGGGGGAUCAAGCCCAAGACCGACAUCCCAAUCCUCGCCGAGAAAUGCAUGAACAAGGAGCUGGAGUUGGACGCGUUGAUCACGCACGAAGUAGGCCUGCAGGACAUAAACAGGGCAUUCGACCUGCUCCUGCAGGGGAAGAGCCUGAGGUGUCUCAUAUGGAUGGACAAGUGAGUGAUGAAGAAAAGGAAACGGCGGCGUAUCGAGUAUGCGGUCUCUCCGAGAAACUGAUGAAUAAAUAAUAAUCUUGCCGUGUUUCAGUUCGCAUGUGUUUCUGAAGACGGGUGUUAUCGGUGGUCGUCGUGAGUCGUUGCUGGAAACCGAUGUUACCAGUGUGGUUUCGUUGUCUGGAUUGAUGAUGUACUCAUAUUAUGUAUCUGCGUCCAACGGAAUGGGAUCGCUGUUCUUUGCCA